UUCGGAAUUCCUUAAAGGUGGGUUCCUAAAGGGGGCGAGAGAGCUCGAGGAAGGGAGGGAGGGAGCAAGGAGUGAGUGAGUGGACAGAGGAGGGCACCCGGCUCCCAGAACUUGCCACCGGGACAAUCGCAAUGAGUGAGGCGGAGAGUGGUUCCCCCAAUGCCGUGGAAAAGAAAGUCCUCGGUAUGAAAUCUAAGGGCGUUCUCGGUACGGUGAAGUGGUUUAAUGUCCGAAAUUGCUAUGGAUUCAUCACAAGGCACGACACACAACAGGAUGUAUUUGUUCAUCAGACUGCCAUCACCAGAAACAAUCCUCGCAAGUACUUACGAAGUGUUGGGAAUGGAGAGAUUGUGGAGUUUGAUGUCGUCGAGGGAGCAAAGGCAGAGACUGUUGAGGCUGCAAAUGUGACUGGCCCAGGAGGUGUUCCAGUCAAAGGGAGUCCCUAUGCCCCAAACCGUCGCCGGUUCCGCAGAGGCUUUGUCAGACGCCAGGCUCGUGUGGCUCAGGGCAGCCAGUCAAUAACACGUGAGCCAGCAGAAACUUCUGGUGAGAAGGAGGGUACAGUGGAGGCUAUUAAUGGGCAGCAACAGCCUCUUGACCAGCGUCCGCGUCCCCCACUUCCCUAUUUCAAUCGAAAUCGGUUUCGGCGGCGUCCUAGGCCCCAGGCCUCUCCCCAAGAUGGAGAGGGACAGCCAGCUGGAGGUGAGGUCUCCAUAAACCAAGAGCCUGUGUCUGACUCUGGUCAAGUCCAACCUCAACAGCAAGGUCAACGAAGGGCACCUGGAAACAGACCACAAUCCCAAUUCCGCAGGCGACCUUUCCGUCCACGCCCACCAUCUCAGCAGGUGUCAGGGGACCUGGAUGAGGACAAGGAACCCAAGACCGACCAACCUCUACCUCCACGCCAGCGAUUCCGUCGUUCAUUCUUCCGCCGCAGGGCAAGAACGCUUGCCCAGGCUUCUGUGGCACAAGAGCAAGCUGGUGUUGAGGUGCCUCCUGCACCCACUGCAACCCUCCAGGAACAGAAGGAUACUCCAACUGACAGUUCAGUCUCUGGGACCUUAAUUGAAGGAGCUUCAGAAACACUUCCUGUUCCUGUCCCAGGUCCAGUCACGGCUCUUCCAGAAAUGCAGGUGACUAAAGAACUUACAGUUUCAACAGAGGCUGCCUCCACAGUAGUGAGCACAGAACCACAAAAUGUCAUGACCCAGGAGUCUACAGAAACUCAACUUCUCAAUAUAACAGAUCCUGUGCCAGACCAGUUUGGCAUAGCUCCCAGUAUGAAAACAGAUCAGGAGCAAAGCCAUGCCUGAGAUGAAGGUGCCCAGAUUAAAAUGGUUUUGCUAACUGCACUUGAAACUCUUAAGAUUGUGGGUAUAGGGUGAAACAAACUUGGACAGCCGUAAUGUAUGUUGUGACCCUGACUUUUGGGAUAUUUUCUUUCUGAUUUAACAGCACUUGGAUUUCUAAAAUGUUUUUCCUUCCUUGGAAGACUUUGUAUACAUGACACUUUGUCCUGGACACUGCACAGUUUGCAUGAUUUGGAUUUACUUUGUUCAUGUGCUGAUUUAGGGUGAUGUGCAAUAAAAAACUGCUUGCUAAAGAUCA